AUGAAAGAUUUGUCAAAUACUAUUGUUCCUCGAGUGUGUGAAAUAGUCGAAAACAUAGAGCCAGAGUUCAACGUAAUAAACCAUGGGGAUUGUUGGAUAAAUAACAUGAUGAUCAAAUACGACGAGCAAGGAAACAUUGUAGAUCAUGUUUUCGUAGAUUUUCAGAUGUCCAGGUACGGAACGCCUGCAAUAGAUUUGCAGUAUUUCUUCAACACAAGUGUUUCAGAGAAAGUGUUGAACGAACAUAAAGCGUCACUGAUGGAACACUACCAAGAAGUGCUUUCUACAACUAUGACCGACAUUGGUUGUCGGACUCAUCCUCUCAGUGGCGAAUAUAUAAAUAUUAUGUUAGAAAAAACUGAAUUAAUUGGUGUAAUCACAGCCUGUACAGCACCACCAAAUGUGUUGAUCAAAAAGAGUAAAGCCGAAGGGGUUGAAAAACAAAUGGCUUGUGGUGAUGCUAAUUUUAGUGUUUUCCAUAAUAUAGCUUUCAGACGAAGAAUAAUUCCACGGCUUCAUAACUGGUAUUCUAAUGGAAUAUUGGACUCAAACUGUACUAAUGAUACUGACUAA